AGAAGUAGUCUAUAUCAUAAUUUAUUUUCCUUUUUUUAUUAUUCUGAAACAAACAAAUUUGCAGCUUCCACUCCUUUCUUCUCUGUUUGUACACUCUCUUCUAUCGUUUAGGGUUUUGUUUCCCCCUUUCCUUCGAUUCAAUUCAAUACAUACUUUCAACGCAAGAGCGUGGUCACACGCCUCCCGUGCUAGGUUAGGGACAAGGGAAAAAGAGAGAGAAACACCAUGGGAGGUGAUAGUGCCGUUGAUGAUUCUGCUUCGGAAUCCAAGUGCGAAGUUGAAGGUGUUAACAUCAACGUUCGAUGCUCCAAUGGUACCAAAUUUUCGGUUCAGGUUUCCCUCGAUUCCACCGUUGGAUCCUUCAAGGAUCUCAUUGCGCGUAAAAGUGAUAUCCCUUCCCAACAACAACGCCUCAUUUACAAGGGACGUAUAUUGAAGGACGAUCAAACGCUUCAAAGCUAUGGUUUGGAGGCAGAUCACGCUGUCCACUUGGUUCGGAGCUUUGCUCCUACAAAUACAAAUAGUGGGACCAACAGUAGUGGCACAAAUACCACAACAAAUGAUUCUGGAGGCGCUGGAGCUAAUGUUGGUGGGGGUUUGGGAGGGCUCGGUUUUGGUGCUUCAAUGUUCCCUGGACUAGGUACCAAUGGCACUGGGGGGAGUGGCUUAUUUGGUGACGGAUUUCCAGAUCUUGAACAAAUGCAGCAACCAUUUAUUUCUAACCCAAAUUUAAUGAGAGAAAUGAUGAACACACCUGCUAUGCAGAAUCUAGUAAAUAAUCCCGAGAUAGUGAGGAAUCUUAUAAUGAACAACCCACAGAUGCAAGAGCUCAUGGAUCGAAACCCCGAGCUAGCACACAUACUUAAUGAUCCCAGCACUCUCCGCCAGACCCUUGAAGCUACAAGGAAUCCUGAGAUCAUGCGUGAAAUGAUGAGAAAUACAGACAGAGCAAUGAGCAACAUUGAAUCUUCUCCUGAGGGAUUCAACAUGCUGAGACGCAUGUAUGAAAAUGUUCAAGAACCAUUUUUAAAUGCCACUACAAUGGCUGGUAAUACAGGAAUUUCAGCAGCUCAUGGUGGCCUAGCCAGGGACCAAUCAACUAAUCCCUCAACCACUAGUUCUGAAACAACUGCUGGUUCUCCCAUACCGAAUACUAACCCACUUCCUAAUCCUUGGUCCUCUACAGGAACUGGAGCUCCCCAAAGUAACACCAGAAGAUCAACCACCGGUGGUGAUUCUAGGCAGCAAGCACCUCCUGGCUUAGGAGGGCUUGGUUUGCCUGGCCUUGAAGGCAUGCUGGGGGGUAAUGGUAUGCCAGAUCCUGCUGUGUUGACCCAAUUAAUGCAAAAUCCAGCUAUCUCACAAAUGAUGCAAAGUAUGCUUUCCAACCCCCAAACUUUGAGUCAGAUUCUUGAUGCUAAUACUGAACAGCGGGGCAUGCCUGAUUUAAAUUCUCUUAGAGAUGUAAUGCAAAAUCCAGAGUUCCUUCGUUUGUUUCAAUCACCUGAGACAUUGCAGCAACUAUUGUCUUUCCAGCAAUCCCUUAUGUCUCAGCUUGGUCAGCAACAAUCAACACGGGAACCGGGUCAAACUGGUGGAGGCACUGGAUCAUUAAACAACUUGGGGUUGGAGAUGUUAUCCAGCAUGUUUGGUGGACUUGGAGCUGGUAGCCUAGCUGUUCCAAAUACAUCAAAUGAGCCACCAGAGCAGUUGUACGCCACCCAGCUUUCGCAGCUUCAAGAGAUGGGAUUCUUUGACACACAAGAGAACAUAAGGGCUCUUAUUGCCACUUCAGGGAAUGUUCAUGCAGCCGUUGAACGUCUUUUGGGGAACUCUGGUCAGUAGCAGAUGAUUUAGCAAUUGCUUUCAUGAUGUUCACUAAUUCAGACUUUGGAGGAUGGUCAAUAUGUUCAAGUGCCAUGUUGGGUAUUUAAAUAAAAUCAGAAAUCUGUCCAAAUUAUAGUUGAUCAGAGCUGAAAUGGUGUAGAUUAUAUACAUUGUUACUGUAAUAUCUUCCUUUACCUUCAUUUGAGUUCUGAUGUUCCUAUUUCUUUUUUCCAUGUACAUACUUAUAUUGAAACUAGUUUAUAGUUUAAGGCUGAUUGUGAGAGCUUCAAUAUUUUCAAGUGAAUUGAUUUUUAUAUUAUUCAUUUGUAUUUGUACUUUGAUAACUCCAUAAUCACUGACUUGGCAGGUGAAGGAACAUGAAACUAGCUGUUAAAUCCCAAA